AUGUUGAGUGAAAAAAAAGAUUCAGAAUUGUACAUUAACCCCUGGCAAGAUGCUCAAAGCCCUGCUGUGUAUUUGUCUCAUGUAGAAGAAUUACCCACUGCAUCGUUAGAUGAAGAGAAAUCUAUCGAAGAAAAAAUUGAAAAAAUGGAAGUUAGUAAGAAGUUGAAUGAUGAACAACAAAAAGAGGCAAAAGAUUUAAUAAAGAAGGAAAAAGGAAUCUUUGCCCGAAACGUUGAAGAACUUGGACGUACCGAAAGAACUAACCACGUGAUCAACACGAGUGACGCUGCACCCAUAAAACAAAAUGCGCUACUUUCAAAUCUUGAUGAUGUCCAAAGGCAAAGACUACAAAAGAAAAGCGAAUUUUAUACUUAUCAAACCAGAAUUAUCUACAAGCAUGAUAGAAGAAAGAAGAGUCAUCUGUUGCAUCCCCCGGAUUCGAAAUUGGAGAAAAAGUGUGGAUGUACAAAGCUUCCACAGAACACUCUAAAAGCAAUAAAUUUGGACCAAACUGAUAUCGAAAUUCCAAAUAAUGGUGAAAUUCGCUGA